GAUCGGUCGGGCCAGAAAUCAGCUGUCGUUCGUCAUGAAAACAUCAACGAUGAAUUGCGUGUUGAUUUUGCUGUUGUUUACCCGGUACUUUGUUGUGAAUAGUAGUGAAGAAAUUGAAAAACACAUAAAGACAAUACACGGCAAUCCAGAUGUGGAGGACGAUGUUGUUAGGACGCGGAUUUUCAACGCCGACGUCGGAUCCACAACAGGGGAAAGUGCACGUCGUAAAAGGGACGUCGAGAACGUAACGGACUCAAAAGUUAUCACCAAGAUCCAACACCUGAACGACACCCACAAACAACUGAUGGUUCAUUGGGUGGGCAACAACAGCAACGUGAUAAUCUAUCUGGCCCGCGACCCAGCUCCCUUCUCGAUGAGCUUCACAUCGGCGCCGCCCGCUUCCCCAUCAGCUGUAUAUAUAUCCUACGACUACGGGGAAACCUACGUGAACAAAACUGAAUCCUUUCGAUUGGCCAACGGCAGCUACGCUACCCUCGAGAAGUUCUACAACCAUGCCUACUUCGACAGAUAUUUUGUGUUUACAGAUAUUCGUCACAACGUGAUAUUCGUGACGGAAGAUCAUGGGCUAACGUUCCAGAGAUACGAGCUCGACUUCACGCCAUCCGUUGUGUCAUUUUCAGAUAAUGAUGUGAGGUCAUUUGUGGUACUCGAUAAGAAUGAGACCAACAAUAAGUUGUACGUCACCGAAAGUUUCGGUAGUUACUUCCGACAAAUUCAUGAAUUUGUCAAGUCCAUCAACUGGAUAAAGGACUCUCAAGACACCCAGCAUCUGCUUGUACAACGUUAUGAACCAAACGGCAUGAGUACCAUCAUUCACUCCAAGAACCUCUUUAAGACAAGGAGUAUUCAGGUUUAUUCGACCAGUGUUCGCGACCUUUACUAUAAAAAAGAUUAUAUAUUCACCACCAAGAAAUCGUAUGCCAGUGCUGCAAAGGAUUCAUACGAUUUGUACGUAUCCUACAAACUGGGCAAACAGCUUCAGUGCGUUUUUGACACUGAUCUACCUAUGAAGAACUAUUUCAUAGUGGACGUAACAGGAAAUAGAGCCAUAGUGGCGGUCGGACACACUGACACCCUCUCCAAUCUGUACGUGUCGGACAACCUCAACGGAACCGACGGCAAAGUUCGAUUUACACUUUCACUGGAAGACGUUUUCUGCUACUUCCCCAACAAUACCUGGAAGGACACUUGGCUGCAUCACGUGUCCGAGGACGCUUUCGCCGACGUUUACAAAGUGCGAGGUCUGAACGGCAUCUACAUCGCAUCUAAGGUGAUCGAGAAACCUUUGGGAAACAACUUGGGACCGCAAAAUUUGGGUUCAGUGAUCACGUUCGACCACGGACGCACUUGGCGACCCAUCCCCGCACCGGAAUUCGAUGCGGAGAACCAAAGAGUCGGCUGCGAAGUGCGUAACAACUGUUCGUUGCAUCUCAGCCAGAAAUUUAGUCAGUUGAAUCCCGACACCAGGUCGAUUAGUAUUUUGUCUAGCAAGUCGGCUCCCGGAAUCAUUAUGGCCACCGGAGUUUUAGGGAAAACACUGAAAGGCCAUUAUGGUGUUUACGUAAGUGUCGACGGGGGAGUGACUUGGCGCCAGUCUCUGCGAGAGUUGUACUUCUUCAACAUGGGUGAUCACGGUGGCCUGUUGACCGCCGUGAAAUAUUUCAAGAUAACCGGCGAGACCAGACACGUCCUUUACUCAACCGAUGAAGGAGAGAAUUGGAGUCAAACCGCAUUCCACAACGAAGAUAUUCGUCUCUAUGGUUUAAUGAACGAACCCGGCGAAAAUACCACGGUGUUCACCAUGUUCGGCUCAUUACCUGAACAACACAAAUGGAUUAUUGUCAAAUUGGACUUUAUGAAUGUAUUUAGUUCGAACUGUACUAAAGACGAUUAUAAAGAUUGGUUCCCAAGUCAGACGAAUAAUAGUCGCAGUUAUGUGCCUUGUGUAAUGGGACAACAGAUGACAUAUAAACGGAGAAACACCCACGCAAACUGUUACAAUGGUGAAAAUUUGGUUGGACCAUGGAAAUACCAGCCUUGUGAUUGUGAUAUUCUAGACUUUGAGUGCGAUUAUGGUUUUAAGAGAGCCGGCACAUCACCAUAUCGAUGCGUUCAGUCUCGCAACAUUACCGACUUCGAUCCAUUCGCUACGCCAUCGACUUGUCGCCCGGGCGAAUACUACAACCGCACCAAAGGUUACAGGAAGAUAACCGGUGACGAGUGUGUGGCCGGAUUCGAAGAUCACUUCCUCCCCGAUUUAGUGCCGUGUCCCAUCCACGACGUCGACGAGUUCCUCCUAUUCGCCCAGCGAGAUAAGAUCUCUCGAUACGAUCUCGUGACCGCUGCCGUGGAGGAAUUGCCGGUGCGAAACUUGAAGAACGUCAUCGCAAUCGAUUUUGAUUUGAGGAACAAUUGCGUGUACUGGGCGGACAUUAUUUUGGAUGUCAUCGGCAGGCAGUGUUUCAAGAGCGGAACGCACGUGGAAGAGAUUUUGGUCUCUAGGGAUUUGGCUUCCAUCGAAGGCAUGGCACUGGAUUGGAUUUCGAAUACUUUGUACUUUGUGGAUGGCGUCAGGGCCAAAAUUGAGUUCAUCAGGACCGACAUUAAUCAUAGUGGAAGGAUGAGGCGCACUGUAUUGGGACCUGAAACUUUGACGAAACCUAGAGGUAUCGCUUUACAUCCACGCAAUGGCUAUAUGUUCUGGACUGAUUGGAAUAUGGAACAACCAUCUGUAAAUCGUGCCAACCUAGACGGUACCGGUAUUAAAAAACUCUUCGGCAAGGAGACAGUAGAGUGGCCCAACGGUAUUACUAUCGAUCAUAUAGCCAAUCGCAUUUACUGGGUGGAUGCAAAACUUGAUUACAUCGGUAGUUCCGAUUUGCACGGUGACGGCUUCCAUAAAAUUAUAUCCAAAGAAGAUGUUGUAUCUCAUCCGUUUGCCGUUGCUGUGUUCAAGAGCCAGAUGUAUUGGGACGACUGGAAGAGGAACGCCAUCUUCAGUUCCGACAAGGAUAUCUAUACUGGAGUCCAAGUACUAGUCAAACCUUUAACUGGACUGAUGGAUCUUAAGGUUUAUGGACAUGGCAUUCAGUUUGGAUCAAACGCGUGCACCAACGAUGAAACAUGCAAGUACACGUGCGUGGGGCUACCAAAGAAUGGCUUGGCGUGUCUGUGUCCGGACGGACUGACAAUGAUCAACGGUCGUUGUAUGUGUCCGGGUAAUAUGGUCCCAAGCACCAAUCUAACUUGUCCCAAAGUGAACACGACCUGCGGGCCAGAUCAUUUCACUUGUGCGAACGACAAGUGCGUACCUAAGGGCUGGCACUGUGACGGCGAGGACGAUUGCGGCGAUAACUCUGACGAAAUGCAUUGCAAAAACACCUGCGCCAAGAACUACUUCGUAUGCGAUGAUGGAAAAUGUUUACCGCUGUAUUGGAAGUGCGACUUCGAAGUUGAUUGUAUCGACGGUAAAGAUGAGCAGAAUUGUCCCAAACAGAAUUGCACAUCUUCGCAAUUCCAAUGUUCUAAUGGCAGGUGCAUAUCCAAAAAGUGGGUAUGUGACGGUCAAAACGACUGUGGAAAUAAUUCCGAUGAAAGUAACUGCCAUUCGAAUCCUCCAACGCAAUGCAAAAACGACGAAUUCCAAUGUAAAUCUGGCGCCGUGACAUGUAUUCCGUCGACAUGGAAAUGCGACGACGAACCCGACUGCAAAGACGCCUCCGACGAGGCGGACUGUCGCAACAACACCUGUUCCGAAAUCCAAAUGUCGUGCGGACCGCCCAAUUAUCGCUGCAUCUACAAGACGUGGGUGUGCGAUGGCGACAAAGACUGCCAAGAUGGCAGGGAUGAAGUCAACUGCACAACAUCUGUUCGACCACCCGUUUUUCCGAAUCCUCUUCCUUCAGCGGUGGACAAAUGCGAAGAAUGGAUGUUCAAAUGCUCCAACAACCGGUGCAUCCCUCUGUGGUGGAAGUGCGACAAAGCUGACGACUGCGGCGACGGCAGCGAUGAACUGGGCUGCUUCGUGAACAACGCAACCAACACGAAUACAACAAUAGCAACGACGACGGAGACGAGUUCUACAGCUCAAUGUGGCCACAACAUGUUCCAAUGUGCGUCCGGGCAAUGCAUAUUCUCCGGAUGGCUUUGCGACGGCUCCAAGGACUGUCGCGAUGGAGAGGACGAGCUGGAUUGCCAGUACACCCUAAAUUGUACGACGUCCCAAUUCAAAUGUAAAAAGGACGGAAACUGCAUUUCGAAGUCGGCAGUAUGUGACGGAAAAGUAGAUUGUCCCGAUAAAAGUGACGAACAAUAUUGUGAACAUAUGGAAAAUUCACCUGGACCUGCAACUCCCAGCUGCAGCGUUGGUUAUUUCCCAUGCGAUGGUAGCAGCUGCUUCCCCCUAACUCUCCGCUGUGACGGCAUGGCUAAUUGUGAGGACGGUUUUGACGAGAUGAAUUGUACUCAGACACAACGUGUCUACCAGGUCAUGCUUAUGGGUGUCAACGAACGAGGCGUCACGGACUCGUCCCUGGCAAUUUACUGGUGGAUCCAGAGCCCAGCCGACAUGAAACUGGAAUUCAUACCCAGCAUAUCACGUGUCGGCAGCAACGACUGGGUUAACAAAACUGCGACAGACGGCAGCGAGUUUGAGUUCACCAAUUUGGAAGCAUUCACCAAGUACAACGUGACGGUCUACGUUAAGAUUCAAAACUCCCCGACCGUGUUCCCGCCGGCGAAAUACUUCAUCGCCCGGACGCUUGAAGGAGUACCGUCUCCACCAUGGGAUCUAAAAGCGACUCAAGUCAACGAAUCUCACAUUCUUCUCACAUGGAAACCGCCCAGAUACCCGAAAGGUCCGCUCACAACCUACAGUUUGACAUGGUACGACAACGAUAAGGUCGCCACAUCGAUGAGGUUCAGUGCCAGUCGUACCCAGUAUUUGUUGCCAGUCGAUGUUGAACAUGGGAAGUCCUUCAACUUCUACCUAAAAGCGUCCAACAACCAUUUCGAAAGUGAAGCCUCCGACCCGGUUAGUAUGGUUUAUGACGGCAAAACAUCAGUGAGCGAAAUCCUGAACUUAACAGUAACAGAAGUUACAAACCAAAGUAUAACACUGUCGUGGAAAUAUAACGGAACACCAGAUUGGUUUGUGGUCCGAACAAAAGUUGAUCAGUACUAUCCACCCAUCCCUGUAAUUCGUAACGCUUCUUUGACCCAGACAAUUAAACUGGCACCCGGCACUCACUACACCUUUGAGGUGAGCGCAUACAAGAACGGAUUCAGUGGCCCCAGCAGCUUUAUAUCGAACCACACCAAGGGUCAACCUUUGCCGCAAGUGACUGGUCUGCAUGGUAUACUGGUUAAACAGACUGGAACCACAGUCAAAUUGAGCUGGGAUAGACCGAAGGAUCCGAGGAAGGUCAAAUGGAGUUACGGAAUCUACUAUGGCGUCAGUCAGGAUGAGCUUUUGACUUUGGCCAAAUCCGGCAGUGAUGAAGAGUCAGCUCUUGUGGAAGGACUGAACGCAUGUGAGGUGUACAUAUUUUCGGUGGGGGUGGUGGCGCCAUUCGGCGUGGGCCCACUCUCAAGUAAUCCCAUCACCGUCAGAACGUCCAGUAACCCGCUGGCUCCGCCUAAGAAUCUCGUCAUCACCCAUGAACCCUCCAACACAAUGGGUCUGAAAUUGUCCUGGGAUCCUGCGUGUCCUACAUACAACUUCUCGUAUAUUGUCAAAAUUACCGAACUUACCAGCAAUCACGUAUGGUACAAACAGGUGAAUAACACCACACAUGUAUCCAAUGUGUUGAUGGGUGGCAAGUAUGAAUGGCAGGUACGAACAGCCAACAACGGUUCAGUAUUCAGUGCACCGAUAAAAAUGGAUGCACCUCCGAUUAUGCCACCAUACGAGGUACGGGUGAUACCUGAAAGUAAUGGCAGUUUUAUAGUAUUUUGGCAAGAGAAACCGUUGUCCAAAGAAGUGGGCAAUUACACAUACGAGGUAAUCGUUUCACAAGGUACCGUCAUGGAUGAGUCGCGAAGCGAAUCGUUUUUUGUCAAAAAUCCUCCGUUUAUUUACACAAACAGUUCCAGUAACGUGUACACUUUCGCAGUGAGAAUAAAAACUGACAAAGGUAUAAGAGGCCUUAGUUCAGAUCACAUUAGCAAACUCAACUUGUACGCGCCUCCAUCUGGUUCUAGUAGUACGGCGGUUAUAGCUGUGUCUGUAAUUGUCGUACUGGUUCUUGUGGGUAUAAUAGCAGGAUUGGUAGUGCGUAAUCGCAGAUUGCAUAGUACUUUUACUAGGUUUGCGAAUUCACACUACGACACAAGAUCUCAAGCUGCAACUUUCGAUGAUAAUGGACUGGACGAUGAAGACUGUCCCCAAAUACGGGACCGGUUUUCAGACGAUGAACCGUUAGUUAUAGCCUAAAUUGAACUAAAACUACUAAAAAAUAAAUAGAUAUCCUAAUUAGAAAGAAAUUAAUGUAAUAUACAACAGGGUAAUACUAUUUAUUUUUAAGUAGUUUUAUUAGCUCAGAGAGAUGGCCGAGACUUGGUUUUGUUACCAUAUGUGUAUAACAGUGUUAAAAUGAAUUGUAAAAGUAUUUGAUGGUAAUAUUUUAUUGUACAUAGUUAACUAGAUGUUGUGACCUCAAGUUUGUUUUCUGUAAUAUAACUAGUCGCGUAUAUCUCGUUUUAUAUUUGCAUGAAAUGCAGUUGUCUCCUACAGCCUUUAUCCUGGAAGGAACACCAAAGAGAAAUGCGCUCGAUCUUCAUGUGUGACUGUGUGGACAUGUCUAUACAACAUUGUACUACCGCGGAAAGAUUUUACCUGCCGUCCAAUAAAACUGUAAUUAAACAGUAAGCAGGAAUAUUACUAUUGCUAAGCAUUAUAUACUGAAAUUUUAGAACUGUAAUUUUUAUUAUAUUGUAUGGCUAUUGACUAUCGGAAUUGUUAUUUAUAAUUGUAAUUUUUAAAUAUGUCCGUGUGUAUGUUGUAUAAGUCAAGUUUCUGUGAUACUUUUCCUAAGUUUUAUUAUGAUGUUAAGUAAUUUGUAUGAACAGAAACUGAAGAAAUUUGAUUUUAAUUUUAUGAUAUAUUAGCGAAUUUAAUAAAUAUUUAAGGGUUAAA